UGUGGUAUCCGGAUAACGCCGUCGUCGACGACAAAAAACUGUCACGGGGAAUAAUCCUCCCGUCGCAUUUUGGCUUUUCCAUCGCCGCCGUCGCCUUUUUUACUCCGAAACGGCGCGUCCAUGACGACGUCCUCCCCGACCGAGCGGUCGUCGUUGAUCCGUCUCUCCAACUCCGUCGCCGAGACAUCUCCCGUCGCCACCGACGUGGCAGUGUCGCUGCCCGACCUCACAGCGAUCGAAAUGCGCCACAUGCAGGUGCCGCGCCGCAACACAAAGGCGGGUGGGUUGUUCAAAGCCCCCCCUCUCCGCCGCGAGUACGACCCCACCAUGGCUGCGCCGUCCAGUCAAGCGUUGUCCCAGACAAAAAUGAGCAUGGAUGGGUCGCUCCUCAGUUAUAACGCGACCGCCGACGACUUUUCCCCGCGCGCGAUCCUGCAAUCGCUGCCAAGCGUGUUGAUUGCCGUCGUGUUGAAUUUAAUGAUCUCGAUUCCGUUUGGGUUGUCGUUCUUUCCGCUGGAAUGGACCGAACUGCCCGCGCCGCGCGCCAUCGGCAUCCAAAUGUUUCUGCUCACGACGUUCAUCUGCCAAUUUGUGUUUGCUCUGCGCAGCUCGUUCGACUGCUCCGUGGGCAUGAUGAUGGUGGAGAACGUUCCGUUCAUGCACACGUUGUCCAUGUCGAUCAUUUCCGAAGUGGGCGCGACGUCCCCCAAAGCCCUCCCGACCAUCCUCGUCACGUACGCGCUGUCGUCUGUCGUCGUGGGGGUCAUGUUUUACGCGCUCGGGUACUUUAAGCUCGGCUCGGUCAUCUACCUCUUCCCCAAGCACAUCAUCAUCGGCGCCAUCGGCGGCAUCGGCAUCUUCGUGGUCCAAAACGGACUUCAAAAUGCCACGGGCGUCACGGUCGAGUGGACAUGGAGCGGCCUCGUUCGCCUGGCCCAGCCCGACGUGUUGUAUCUGUGGAUCGUGUCGGUGGUGCUCGUGGGUGUCUUGGGCGUGUGUCUGCGCUUCGCCAAGUCGCCGCUCUUCUCCCCGUUCUACUUUGUCUCGAUCGUGCCGUUGUUUUACAUCGUGCUUGUCCUUGCCGGGAUUCCCAUCGAGACAGCCCGACAGCACAACUGGUUCUUUGAACGGCCGCCCGAAGUGCCGUUCUAUUCGAUGUGGUCGCAUUACGACUUUACCCUGGUCGAGUGGUCGGUGAUUCCCAAGCAAUUUGGGACGUUAGUAGGGCUGAGCAUCUUCAGUCUCAUGCACGUGCCAAUCAACAUCCCAUCCCUCAGUCUCACCACGGGCCACGAGUGCGAUAUAAACGAAGAGCUCAAAGCACAUGGCAUCUCCAAUACCCUUGGCGGACUCGUGGGCAGUGUGCAAAACUACUUGUGCUACUCGACAUCGGCGCUCUACUAUAAAUGCGGCGGCGGCGGCCGGCUGCAGUCGGUGCUCAUCGGGGUGUUUGUCAGCAUCUUGUUCUUUGCCGGCCCCGGCAUCGUCGCGUACGUCCCGCGGUGCAUGGCGGGGUGCUUGAUGGUGCACGUUGGGUUGGACUUGUGCAAGGAAGCAGUGGUGGACACGUACGCAGAGCUCGAUCGAUUGGAAUAUGCCACUGUGUGGGUCAUUGCACUUACUAUGACGUUCUGGGGCAUGAACGAAGGUCUGGCGGUGGGGGUACUUCUGGCAUGUGUGGCGUUUGUGGCGCAGAGCGCGCCGGCGGGUCCGCUGCGGGGCAGCAUGAGCGCCGCGACGUUGCGCAGCAGUGCGUGGCGCAGCACGUCCGACUUGGAGGUGCUGGACCAAGUGUCGCGAAAUGUCCACGUCGUGCAGUUGAAGGGCCAUUUGUUUUUUGGCAACAUCCACAAACUAAGCGACUACAUCAGCGAUUUGAUGGUGAAAUACCCGGAAUUGGAAUGCCUCGUCGUGGACUUUACGCUCGUGGUGGCCAUGGAUUCGUCGGCAGCGGAUCGUCUCUCCAAGCUCAAGUAUGUAUGUGCGCCGUACGAGUGCCGGCUCGUGUUUACGGCGAUUCCAUCAGCGUAUACCCGGUUCCUUCGCGUGAUGCUCGUGGACGAGUCGCCCAUGUUCCACGUGGCCGAUGACUUGAACGACGCGAUCGAGUGGUCUGAAAACGAACUGCUGCGGCGAUACAAGGUCGAAUCGACGCUGCAAAAGGAGCCGUCGCUACCUAAAGAGCAUGCGUUUCUCGCCCGUUUGCACAACUUGAGUCCGGCGCAGCCGCUGGCCGUGUUGGAAAAGCUGCUCGAGUACUUUGACCGGCAAGUGCUGCAUGGCGAUGUCCAGGUGUGGCGGCAAGGAGAUGCAGCUUCAUGUGCCAUGUUGUUGGCCGAAGGUCGCAUGCAAGCGAUCGUGGAAGAAGAAGCUGGCACCAAGGAGGAGGUUUCCGAAGGGGCGAUGGUGGGCGAGUUGUGUCUGCUCACGGGGGAAAAGCGCAAGACAACCGUGGUCACGAUGGAGCGGUGCGUUGUGUACGUGCUGACAGAAGCCAGGUUCAAGGACAUGCUGGACAAGGACAGCUUGCUCGCGUUUGUGUUUCAAGGCAUUGCGUUGCGAUAUGUGUCGCUCCGAUUGCAAUAUGUGGGCAAUCGCAUCUGGGAGACCAAGUGCCUGCCUAUCUAAGAACCAGAUCGAGUAGGAACAACCAGCCAAGGAGUAUGUAUGUAUAUAAAUGAACGAGUGAGUGAUGAGGCAAGGC